UGUUCUGGAAUUUCUUGCCAAAAUGUAUCAAAACCCGUGGAUAUCCAACUACCUGAGCCAUGUGAAGUGCAGCCAAGGACUUGGCAGUGAUCCACACGUCAGACUUGGAAACCACAGACUGCUGCAGAAGAGGGCUCUGAGCUUCCACCGUGAGCUGAGCCGUGAGGAGAAGGAGGCCGUGGUCAGGAGCAUCACUGAUAUUGAUGUCAGUCUGCUGGACGCUCUGCCCAAAGUUUCAGAGCUGAGGAAACGGUUUGAAGGUUUCCACACAAGCGUCAGUGACUGUGACAUGAACAGGAAAGAGCGCAUCGCCCGUAGGUUGGAGGGCAUUGAGACUGGGGAGGUGCCCCCCUCUCUGCUGCCCAGCCUGGUGGCCCACAGGCUGCUGGAGGAGGACACGCCCAGGUACACCCGCAGCUCAGAGGACACGCCCCGCUACAUGAGGACCACUGAAGACCCCCUGCACUACAAGAGUCCAGAAGACUCCACACACUACACCAAGACUCCAGAGAACUACAUCAGGGCUGACAACGACACACCCAGCUACCCUGGCUACAUUAGAACUUCUGAGUAUACACCAUGUAACAGCGCUGUAGACCCGCCUCAGUACCCCCGACAGAGGACAGAGUACACCCCACACUACACCAGAGGGACAGAAGACACCCCUCAUUACACCAGAGGGACAGAAGACGCCCCACACUACACCAGAGGGACAGAAGACACCCCUCAUUACACCAGAGGGACAGAAGACACCCCUCAUUACACCAGAGGGACAGAAGACACCCCUCAUUACACCAGAGGGACAGAAGACACCCCUCAUUACACCAGAGGGACAGAAGACACCCCACACUACACCAGAGGGACAGAAGACGCCCCUCAUUACACCAGAGGGACAGAAGACGCCCCACACUACACCAGAGGGGCAAAAGACACCCCACACUACACCAGAGGGACAGAGGACUACAGCCACCCUCCAGAGGACACACUGCACUACGCCCGCUCCUCAGAAGACACCCCCCACCUCAUCAGCACUUCUGGGAACAUUCCACUGAACAGCAGAGGGACAGAGGACACCCCCCACUACAGUCAGACAUCAGAGGAGACAACGCGCUACACCAGGAGUUCAGAGCCUCAUUAUCCCAGCUCAGUGACAUCACAGAGGUACAGUAAGGAUGUUGUCCAGACCCCGGAGCAGCAGCUGGGUGAACAGUCCCAGGUCGAGCUUCAGUCAGCCCCACAGCCUGCCCUCUACACCCCCUCCAGCACCACCAGCACCACUGGGCCCGAGCUGGAGUCCAAAGCCCAGCGCAUCGCUCGGUACAAGGCCGAGAGGAGGAGACAGCUGGCCGAACGCUACGGCAUCUCCUUGGACCAGGACGUAGACACAGACUACACCUCACGCUACAGCCGCCCCCGGAGAGAGCAGGAUAGAACCAGCAACCCUGCCCCCACCAGCCCCCCAGAAGGACGCACUGCUCCCCCAAUCAGGAACACUGCUCCAGAGCCCACGCUGACCCGAGUGGACUCCUUCUCUGAGCGGGAGAGAUUACUGAACUUGGAGAACCAGCGCCGCACUGCCCCCACAGAGCCCGCCUCAACGUACAUGGAAGUGACGGCUCUCUCCUCUAGUAGAGCGCCCCCUGCUGAGCCCAACCAGAGCAGCACAGCCCCUGGCUCCCCCCACCUCAGCAGCCAACCCUCCCUGUCCUCCCCCAAACGCGCAGCCUCCCCAGGGGACCUGUUCAUCGAGCAGCAGGCCCACAGCAUCCUCAGCAGGCAGGGAAUCCGCAUUAGAGAGAGACUGGCCCGGGGAGAGGGCCGCCAGAGGAGUCCUGAUCUGAGCCUAAAGUCAGACCCCCCAGUGCCUUGGAGACCCGCCCACACCUCCACCCGCCCUCACCCUCAGCACGGCACUGUCCUGCCCACCCCAUCUGCCCCAUCUGCCCCAGACCUCUACACCUCCUGCCCCACGUACCUCUCCAUGUCCUCUGGGCCCACUACUGCAGCCACACCCCAGGAGGAGGCUCUAGAUGAGGGAGAGGAGGUGAGGACCCAGGGCCUUCUGCGGAGCAGGAAGGCCGUCCUACCAUCUGAGGUUUUCGGCCACGAGAAGAGCAACGAGGAGCCCAAAAGAGGACACAUCGAAGAACAGCUGGGGCCCCGGUACCAGAGCGGAGAAACUGAAGAAAGACCCAGGCGUGAGCACAGAUCCACCCAUUCAUCAAGAGGGAGAGAAGUUACCCAAGCUCCAUCAAAGGACACCCUCCACAGAGACCAGCGUGCCUCUAGUUUCACCGACCUCCUCCAGGACCCGUGGGUGUCAGUCUCCCAGCUGAGACACUCCUACAUGGAGAGUGCCACCACCCCUCCGAGCACCCGCAGAGCACCCAUGUCCUGCAUCAGCUCAGACUUCAAUUCUACUGAAGCUGAUGAGGAGAAGCUGGAUGAUCGGGCCAAGCUGAGUGUAGCAGCCAAACGCUCUCUGUUCAGGGAGCUGGAGAAGAGCAUAGACGGGGGCACUCCUAAACCUCGCUCCAGAAACGCUGCUCUGGAGAGGAGACUGAGGAGAGGCCAGGACCGCUCCAGGACUCAGCCGGUCACCACAGAGGAGGUGGUCAUCGCCACCACCCUGCAGGCUGCUUCCCAGCGCAGUGCUCCAGUCAGAGAGGCCGCACAAAUGAUGGAGGUCCAGGAGGCCCCCGUGGAGAGACAACCACACAUUCAGCCCCCAAACCAGUCAAAUAACCAGCCCCCGAUCCAGAGCCAGGAGAAGGAGGAGACCCAGGAGGAGCCCGACCGCAGCACCCUGAGCCUGGCUGCAAAGAUGGCCCUGUUCAACAGCCUGGCCCAACCCCCCAGCCGAGUCACCAGGACCAGAGCGGACCCCCGGGGCCGCAGAGCCAACGCACGCUACCAGACACAGCCCAUCACCCUGGAGGACAUGCAGCAGCUCCAGGCAGGACACUCCAUGGGUCAGCUGCCCUGCUCUUCCUCCUCUGCGGGUCCAGUGGGCACAACGCGGGCCGGGGACAUCCACAUCAGCGCCAGGGGCCCAUCCUCCCAGAAGCCCCCGGACCCCACGGACCUGCUCUCACUCGUCCAGCGGGAGCCCGAGGUGCGCGCAGGGAAGAGGGCGCUGACCUCACCGGACGACGGGGAGAGACAGCCGGCCCUGCCCCAACCACAGCCACAACCCACAGCCACAACCACAGCCACAACCACAGCCACAACCACAGCCACAACCACAGCCACAACCACAGCCACAGCCACAGCACCAUGCCCUGCCCCUGCCCAAGCCCAGCAGAGGGGCAGAGAGGUGGGGGCAGGAGGAGGAGCCGCUCUGGGGGGUGGCAGACAGAGAGACGGCCAGGACACAGGAGAGGCAGCUGGGACAGGACAGGCACUGUGGAGAUGUGAUUUGAAGAGCUGCAGUGAGUUUGAGUUUCUGAUGGAUUGUGCGAGUGAGUUCCAGAGGGAGGGGGCGGCGGGGGCGGCGAAGACGAAGGCUCUGUCCCCCGAGGUCCGGUGUUUUGUCCUGACGAGGGGAGUGAGGAGGUUGGUGUGGGCUGAUCUGAGGCGGCGGGUGGAGGUCGGCCCGGUGGAGUCUUCCAGUCAGCAGAUCACAAAGGCAGUCCCACCUCCACACAGAAGGGGGCAGUGCUCUGAAGUAGACGGCGUGGUGCAGUCUGAGGGAGGAGACGAGCUCAUUGCCGUGAUGAAUGCACGCCACAUGUCAAUCAAAGAGAGGGUGGCUCUGCUGAAGAGGAGCGGGGAGGAAGACUGGAGGAGCAGGAUUCAAAGGAAACAGGAAGUGGCGCAGGUUGCCGGCGGCGACACUCAGCUGUUGGACGGAGAACGUGGUUUCAAGAACAAGGGAGAUGGCGCUUCUAUGAUGAUGGAAUCCUCAUCUGUCGGUGUGCAGCAGUGGGGCCCUGUCUCUGCUCUGUCCUCUGAGCCUCCUGUCCUCUCCUCCUCUGACCAGCUCGUACAGGACGUCCCCUGUCCCAGAGCUGUCCAGGCGGAGGACCCACACCCCUGGAGACGCAAGCGUGUAGCGGUGGUGGACCCGGAGAGCCAGGCUGUAGAGAUGUCCAUCCAGGAGAGGAAGCAGCUGAUCUGUGCCCGGGAGGAGGCCUGGAAGAGCACGGGCCACGGAGCCGCCAACGACUCCACCCAGUUCACCGUGGCGGCGCGCAUGGUCAAGAAAGGCCUGGCGUCUCCCACGGCUCUCCAGUCUGCAGUACCAGCCAAGCCCAAGAACAACUGUGUGGCCAUCUCCAAACCACAGGAAGAGAUCAAGGCCGCCCCUGACCUGCACCUGGAGACGGACAAGAAGCUCGACAAACUGGAGAACUUCCUUGGGAAGCUCAACAACAAAGUGCCUGGAGUGGAGGGCACCAUCACAGUGACGCAGCUCAAAGUCAAAGAGGUGAUGAAUCUGGAGGAUGAGACCUUCUCAAAGUUCUACCGCCACAUGGAGGACCUGCCCCAGGCCAACCACAUGGAGCUGGAGCAGGACUUUGAUGCCAUCUUCGGCUCGCAGCAGCCCAAGUUGACCUCAGAGAUGGUGCAGCACAAACGGUCAGUGCGUCCAGCCAGGAACGUCCAGUCAUCCAGGAACCCUCUGAAGGUCCUGGCCUCCAGAGAAGACCUCCGCCACGAGUACACAGAGUCCAGGCUGAACGUGGGGCUGCUGGAGAGCAAGAGGAUCAAGGAGGAGAAGAUGAAUAAGAACAGUGGUCUGUCAGAGGUGGCCUUGGCUGGGUUGGCCAGCACCGAGAGCUUCAGUAACGUGAACCUGAGGAGUGUUAACAUCUCUGAACAUGUGUCCAACAACAGCGCCGUCCCCUACAAGAAGCUCAUGCUGCUGCAGGUCAAAGGUCGCAGACACGUGCAGACGCGGCUGGUGGAGCCCAGAGCCUCCUCUUUGAACAGUGGGGACUGCUUCCUGCUGCUCACGCCUCACAACUGCUUCGUGUGGAUGGGGGAGUUCGCCAACGUCAUUGAGAAGAACAAGGCGUCUGAGUUGGCCAAUUUCAUCCAGAGUAAGAGAGACCUGGGCUGCAGAGCGAGUUAUGUGCAGGUGGUGGAGGAGGGCUCCGGGGGACACAGCCCCUCAGCCAAAGACUUCUGGAGGAUUCUGGGAGGACAGGGGACGUACCAGGGCGCGGGCACUCCAGAUGAGGACGAGCUGUAUGAGGCGGCCAUAGUGGAGACCAACUGUAUCUACAGACUGACGGACGACAAACUGGUGCCUGACGAUGACUUCUGGGCCAAGAUGCCGCGCUGCUCCCUGCUCCACCCAAAGGAGGUGCUGGUGUUUGACUUUGGCAGUGAGAUGUACAUCUGGCAUGGGAAGGAGGUGACUCUGGCCCAGAGGAAAGUGGCCUUCCAACUGGCCAAGCACCUGUGGAACGGGACCUUCGACUACUCCAACUGUGACAUUAACCCACUGGACCCCGGGGAGUGCAACAGCCUCAUCCCCAGGAAGGGCCAGGGCCGUCCAGACUGGGCCGUGUUUGGGCGUCUGACGCAGCACAACGAGACCACUCUGUUCAAGGAGAAGUUCUGUGACUGGAGCGAGGCCAGGAACCCCAGUCCCACCAGCAACAUGAACGAGCAGCUCCACAGGCACAAGGAACAGCCCCUGUCAGAGCCGCCCCGGGCCUAUAACGCGGCCCGCAUGCUGCCCCCUCACAGGGCCCCAGUGGGCACGGUGCUGGACGGCUUUAACGUGGGCCGGGGCUAUGGGUUGGUGGAGGGUGAGGAGUGGAGGAGCUAUCAGAUCAGCACUCUGGGAGUGGAGAUGUGGCACAUCUUGGAGUUUGACUACAGCCGCCUGCCCCAGCAGAGCAUCGGACAGUUCCACGAGGGGGACACCUACGUGCUCAAGUGGAAGUACAUGGUCAGCACCACAGUGGGCCGGUGGCAGAACCUGGAGCCUGUGAGGAUUGCCGGUCCCGGGAAGGAGAAGUGUGCAUACUUCUUCUGGCAGGGUCGUUGCUCCACCGUCAGCGAGAAAGGAACAUCUGCUCUAAUGACUGUGGAGCUGGACCAGGAGAGAGGGGCUCAGGUUCAGGUGCAGCAGGGCAAAGAGCCCCCCUGUUUCUUGCAGUGUUUCAAAGGAGGCAUGGUGGUGCAUUCUGGGAGGAGAGAGGAGGACCAGGACACAGCACACAACUCGUGGCGUUUGUACUGUGUGCGUGGAGAGGUGCCAGAGGAGGGCCACCUGCUGGAGGUGACGUGUCACUGCAGCAGCCUGCGCUCUCGGGUCUCCAUGCUCCUGCUCAGCGUCAGCCAGUCCCUCAUCUACCUGUGGCACGGCUGCAAGUCCCAGCCCCAUACCAGAGAGGUGUCCCGGACGGCAGCCAAUCACAUCAAAGAACACUGUCCUCUGGAGGCAGGCCUCCACAGCAGCAGCCGCGUCACCAUCCUGGAGUGUGAGGAGGGGGCGGAGCCUGGGGGCUUCUGGGAUGCUCUGGGCAGAAGGGACAGGAAGGCCUACGACUGCAUGCUCCAGGACCCGGGCCGCUUUAACUUCACUCCACGCCUGUUCCAGCUCAGCUCCAGCUCUGGACACUUCACCGCUGUGGAGCUGCUGUACCCGGCCAGAGAGCCCCAGCAGGUCAACGCCAUGCCCUUCCUCCAGGAGGAGCUGUACACCGCCCAGCAGCCAGCCCUGUUCCUGGUGGAUAACCAUCAUGAGGUGUACCUGUGGCAGGGCUGGUGGCCUCAGGACUCUGAGACGGGCUCGGCUCGGAUUCGCUGGGACUCGGACCGCAAGUGUGCCAUGGAAACUGUGCUGCACUACUGUCAAGGGAAGAAUGAGAAGAAGCCUCCUAAAGCCUACCUGAUCCACGCUGGUCUGGAACCUCUGACCUUCACCAACAUGUUCCCCAGCUGGGAGCACAGAGAGGACAUCGCUGAGAUCACAGAGAGGGAAGCAGAGGUGUGUAACCAGAUCAUCUUGGUGGAGGACGUCCUGGCCCGCCUCUGUCAGAGCACGUACCCGCUGUCGGAGCUCCUGUCCCGGCCGCUGCCUGAGGGAGUGGACCCCCUGCGCCUGGAGCUCUACCUGUCUGACCACGACUUCCAGAGGGCCCUGGACAUGAACCGAGAGGAGUUCCACAGUUUACCAGGCUGGAAGCAGGUCAACCUCAAGAAGAACAAGGGACUUUUCUGAAAACUGGUCUACAAGCGUCUGUACGAACCUUAUCUAUGUAAAUAUGUAGCAUCGGCUGCGCUGCCCUCCACUAUGUAUGUGCACUACACGUAUUUAUAAUUCAGAACGCAUCUAGAGUUUUUAAAGCAGAGCCUAAAUAAAACCGUGUAUGAUAAUAAAGUUUAGUGUUAUAAAUAGCUUGUACAUAGUUAGUUGAAUGUUGCGGGGUCACACACAUGAUUUGGCGGUGACCUCAUGUGCCUUGCUUUGUGUACAGUUUCUACAGAUUCUAGACUUUGUGAUAUAAAAUGGAGAGGAAUAAAUAAAGGUUUAUUGAAGAAA